CAGGGGGCGAGGCGAAGGGAAAACAUGAGCAGAGGCUGGGAGUCAGAACCAGUAUCUGUGACGUGGUUUACAGUAUUGGGGCUGGAGAAUGAGAGGCAGACACCGCCAGCAAUAAAAGAUCCUGCUAUAGAUCCUCUCCGGCUUCUUGUUCAGGGACGACGUUUGGUUGCUGUCCUGGACCGUCCGUGUGACUGGAUAAAUGUGUCCUUGUCGUUUUUUUAGGCUCUCUCUUUUUUUUUUAAACGAGUACGUGAGGUAGACAGGAAGUCUCAUGCUGCAGUCUCAGCUGUGAAUGGACUGGCUUUAGGGAUACCUCAAGGAAACUUUACGGAAUGUGUGUUCAAUGACACUUCGGGUUUCACUCUGAAUGCUCGCUGGGAUAUUUAAUUUGAAACUCUGUUGUUUUUGGAUUUAUCUUUUUUUUUAUUUAACGAUACUUGGCAGCUGAAACAUGACACUUUAUGUAGAAGGUCUGAGUAAAGGAGUGGCCAAAGUAGGGAUGGCUCAGUUCCAGGAAAUGAUGCGGCAGCAGCUGGAGAGCUCCAUGCACACCGAGCUGGAGAAACUGCUGGACACCACCACAGACGAGGCGGAGAGAGAGGUGUCAAGGAAAGACUUCGAAGGCUUCAAGAAUCUUUUCCACAGAUUUCUGCAGGUGAAGGGUCCAUCAGUGGAGUGGAUCAAGAUACAAAGACCUCCAGAAGAUUCGAUCCAGCCCUUUGAUAAGAUCGCUGCUCGAGGCCUGCCGGACAAUGUGGCUGACAGCCUGAACAAACUGGUGGUGGUGAAGCUGAACGGAGGCCUGGGCACCAGCAUGGGAUGCAAGGGCCCCAAGAGCCUGAUCAGUGUCCGCAACGAGAACACCUUCCUGGACCUCACUGUGCAGCAGAUCGAGCACUUGAACAAGACUUACAACACAGAUGUGCCCCUGGUCCUCAUGAACUCCUUCAACACAGAUGAAGACACGAAGAAGAUCCUGCAGAAGUACACGCACCACCGUGUCAAGAUACACACCUUUAACCAGAGCAGGUACCCUCGCAUCAAUAAAGAGUCCCUCCUCCCCGUGUCCACGAACUUGAGCAUGAAUGGGCAAAACACAGAAGGCUGGUACCCUCCAGGACACGGCGACAUCUACGCCAGCUUCUACAACUCGGGCCUGCUGGACCAGCUGAUCGCGCAGGGCAAGGAGUACAUCUUCGUGUCCAACAUUGACAACCUGGGAGCCACGGUCGACCUCCACAUCCUGCACCACCUGGUCAGCCAGCCCAACGGCAAGCGGUGCGAGUUCAUCAUGGAGGUGACGGAUAAGACGCGCGCAGACGUCAAGGGUGGCACUCUGAUCCAGUAUGACGGAAAACUGCGUCUGCUGGAGAUCGCCCAGGUCCCCAAAGACCAUGUGGACGAAUUCAAAUCAGUUUCAAAGUUCAAGAUCUUCAACACCAACAACCUGUGGAUCUCUCUGGCUGCCAUCAAGAGGCUGCAGGAACAGAAAGCAAUGGACUUAGAGAUUAUAGUCAACCCCAAGACGCUCGACGGCGGGCAGAACGUCGUCCAGCUGGAGACUGCAGUCGGCGCAGCCAUCAAAUGCUUCGACAACGCCCUGGGCAUCAACGUACCUCGCAGCCGCUUCCUGCCUGUCAAGACCACAUCAGACCUGCUGCUGGUUAUGUCCAACCUGUACAGCCUGGAGGCCGGCUCUCUCACCAUGAGCCCCAAGAGAGAGUUCCCGACGACGCCGCAUGUCAAACUGGGCAGCUCCUUCACCAAGGUUCAGGAGUAUGUGAACCGCUUCGAGAGCAUCCCCGACAUGCUGGAGCUCGACCACCUCACGGUGUCUGGAGACGUCACCUUUGGAAAAAAUGUUUCACUGAAGGGCACCGUCAUCAUCAUCGCCAACCACGGAGAUCGGAUUGAUAUUCCAGCUGGCUCCAUGCUGGAAAACAAAAUCGUAUCUGGCAAUCUCCGCAUCAUGGACCACUAGCGCCUUUUUCAACUCACACACACACACACACACACACACACACACACACACACAAAACCC